AUGCGGGUUCCCGCUUUCCAGUGCCAGGAACCCAAUGCUGACUGGAAGCGAUUGAUGCCAGUGCAAGUCAGCUCAGGGCUUAUAACUAAAUAUGACGCACGCUCUACCGCCGCCGCCGCCUCCUGCCCGCCGGCUCCCGGCUGGAUCGAGAGACCCGCCGGGACCGGCGGCUACUGGGACAGCAACUGGGACAGACGUGAACCACUGGCUCUUAUCAACCUCAAAAAGAAAAAUGAAGAAACUGGGGAAGAAGAACUUGCCUCACGCUUGGAUCACUGCAAAGCAAAAGCCACCAGGCACAUAUUCCUUAUCCGUCAUUCUCAAUAUAAUUUGGAUGGCCGGGCUGAUAAAGACAGAACUCUGACCCCACUUGGUCGAGAGCAGGCUGAACUGACUGGACACAGGCUGGCAAGCUUGGGAUUAAAAUUUGAUCAGAUUAUCCACUCCUCCAUGACUAGAGCAACUGAAACAACUGAAAUUAUAAGCAAACAUCUCCCUGGAGUCAAAAAAAUCAGUACUGAUCUGCUGAGAGAGGGAGCACCUAUAGAGCCAGACCCUCCAGUCUCUCACUGGAAACCAGAAGCUGUGCAGUAUUACGAAGAUGGAGCUCGAAUUGAGGCUGCUUUUCGAAACUUCAUUCAUAGAGCUGACACGAAGCAGGAAGAAGACAGCUAUGAGAUCUUUGUCUGCCAUGCCAACGUGAUCCGCUAUAUUGUGUGCAGAGCAUUGCAGUUUCCCCCAGAAGGCUGGCUGCGAAUGUCUCUUAACAAUGGUAGCAUAACUCACUUGGUGAUACGUCCUAAUGGAAGAGUGGCACUUCGAACACUGGGUGACACAGGUUUCAUGCCUCCAGAUAAAAUCACACGCACCUGAAUGAGCAAAACUGAUGGCUGUCCAGCAGCUGCCUCUAGUCUCUUUGCACUAGUACAUUCAGCUACGGUACCACUAGAUUUUUAUCUGUUACGUUGGGGUGUGAUGCUGUCUUAAAAUGUCCUUUAGCCCCUUGCCUCCUUCAUACAUAUUCAUAUCUGCCUUUCAGUCCAGAAAAGAAGAAAUCUUUGUAAGCCUGAAGCUGUCCAGUCCUCAAGUAUUCCCCAAAACUGAAAGCUGAGCUGUGGAAUACAAAGAGAUUGAAUGUCUGUGUGCUCUGUGGUUGCAAGAGCACUGACUUUACCCCCACCCCACCAUGAAUUUCUAUAACCAAAGCUUGUUCCUGUGGAUAUUAUUUCUCUUGUGCAGGAAAGCAAUUGGUGUAGGAACUGGAAGAAACAGCCUUGUAUCACACUGCAGCUAAAACUGAAGACGAGGCAGCUUGUUUCAACUCCUGCAGAAAUGACAAACAGGGUAUUUUGCUGUUCCAAGGACAAAGGGAUAAGGCUUCAGUUUCUGUAAGCUGUUGAGGAUGUAUGUUUAUGUUGUGU